AUGGCGUAUGCGCAGCAAACUGCGGAUAUUGAAACCCAGCAGAAAGGGACCGUCUCUUAUGACCGUCGAAGAAUCUCGCCGCUGCUCCUGAUCCGACCGUGGCAACCAGUGAAGGCGUCUCAAGAUGAUCCGAGAAGCUUCUCCCUCCAACGACGAGAUUGGGGAUAUCGAGAUCGCAAUACCAGCGACACGACAGAGCUCUUGUUCGCGCCGCUGUCAUCGUCAAUUGACUUCCUAUCCCUCAAGAUGCUGCUCCAAUCUAUCAGGGCUUCGCGCUCCACCCUCGCCCGCGCGGCCCGGCAGCAGGUGACCGUUUCUCGGCGGACCUUUGUCACCCCUACCGCUGUCCGCUAUGCCGACUUGGUCCAGGACCUGUAUCUUAAGGAACUCAAGGCCUACAAACCGGCUCCCGCCAAGGCCUCUGAUGCCGAGGCUCACGUCCAGAAGUUCACGCCCCCCAAGGCCCCCCAAUCCCCCGAGGAGAGCAACAUUGCCAGCGAGCUGAAGGCGUACGAGGACCAGGAGGUUGACAUUGAGGGCCAACAGACUGGCGAGGUCGCCGCCAAGGAGGAGGACUGGUUUGAGGAGGAGGAAGAGGAGGCUGCCGCAGCUCAUUAG